UGACUUCAAUCUGGCAACCACAGGACUCGGGCUGGACUACAGACAAAAGUUGAGGGAGUUUUGGGAAACAGAUGAGAGGAGACUGAAGCCACAUCGGACACAAAGGGACUUGUUGGACAUACACCACAAUGCUGGCACCCUGGUUUCUCCAGUUCCACCUGCCGGUGUUUGCAUGCAUAUGGAACCUGUGUCAAGCACAAUACGAGUAUCUGGGUUACCCUCAUGGUUACCCCGAGCCCGAGCAGGAUCAAUACACCCGUCCACAGAUUCCCACUGACGUGCCCAGGAUCCAGUUACGCUUAGCCGGAGAGAAACGAAAGCACAACGAGGGACGUGUCGAGGUUUAUUACGAGGGCCAGUGGGGGACCGUUUGUGAUGAUGACUUCAACCACCACGCCGCUCAAGUGGUCUGCAGAGAGCUCGGGUACUCCAAGGCCAUCUCCUGGUCGCCUUCGGCCAAAUACGGGAAAGGAGAAGGCCGCAUCUGGUUUGAUAACGUCCACUGCACAGGGAAGGAGAGCACCCUGGCGCAGUGCGAGUCUAACGGCAUCGGUGUGUCCGACUGCAAACACUCGGAAGACGUCGGAGUCGUCUGCAGUGACAAGAGGAUCCCGGGAUUCAGGUUCCUCAAUCCAAUCACCAACAACAUAGACCAUUUGACAAUCCAGGUGGAGGAUGUACGCAUCAAGCCGAUUCUGUCCUCCUACAGGAAGCGAAUCCCUGUAACGGAGGGCUACGUGGAGGUCAAAGACGGUGGAAAAUGGAAGCAGAUCUGCGAUGAGGAGUGGAGUCCCAUGAACAGCAGGGUGAUCUGCGGCAUGUUCGGCUUCCCUGCCGAGAAGAAAUACAACACACGCAUCUACAAGAUGUUUGCGCGCAGGAAGCUGCCGUCGUACUGGGAUUACUCAGUGAACUGCACAGGAAACGAAGCCCAUCUCUCGAGCUGCAACCUGGGACGAUCGCUGUUGGCCAACGACACAUGUGGCCACGGCAUCCCCGUGGUGGUGAGCUGCGUGCCAGGCAGAGCCUUCGCUCCGACCCCCUUAUCUGGCUACAGGAAAGCCUUCAGACAUGAGCAGCCGUUGGUGCGUCUGAAAGGAGGCGCGGUGGUUGGUGAGGGUCGGGUGGAGGUGCUUAAAAAUGGUGAGUGGGGCACCAUUUGCGACGAUCGCUGGAACCUGGUGGCUGCCACCGUGGUGUGUCGAGAGCUCGGCUUUGGAACCGCCAAGGAAGCGUUGUCUGGAGGUCAACUGGGUCAAGGAAUGGGCCCGGUCCAUAUGAAUGAGGUUCAGUGUUCCGGGUUUGAGAAAUCUGUCACCGAAUGUGUCUUUAACAUGGAUAAAGAGUCAGCGGGAUGCAGCCAUGAGGAGGAUGCCGGAGUCCGCUGCAACGUUCCUGCUAUGGGCUUCCAGCAGCGUGUGCGUCUGAGCGGAGGCCGUAACCCGUUCGAGGGCCGCGUCGAGGUGCUGAUGGAGCGAAACGGCUCUCUGGUGUGGGGCACGGUGUGUGGAGACGGCUGGAGCACCAUGGAGGCCAUGGUAGUGUGCAGGCAACUCGGCCUCGGCUUCGCCAGCCACGCCUUCCGGGAGACAUGGCACUGGCCCGGGUCGGUGAGUGCUGACGGUGUAGUGAUGAGUGGCGUCCGCUGUGCCGGUACUGAAAUGUCUCUGUCUCACUGUCUGCAUCACGGAGAGCACAUUAGCUGCCCCAGAGGAGGAGCGCGCUACGCCGCCGGGGUCUCCUGCUCCGAGACUGCUCCGGACCUGGUGCUGAACCCACAGGUGGUGGAGCAGACCACGUACAUAGAGGACCGUCCCAUGUUCAUGCUGCAGUGUGCGUAUGAGGAGAAUUGCCUGGCCUCCACGUCCAGCUCGACACCGGCCAACUCAUACCGACGCCUGCUACGCUUCUCCUCCCAGAUCCACAACAACGGCCAGUCCGACUUCAAACCCAAAGCCAGCAGGGAAACAUGGGUCUGGCACGACUGUCACAGACAUUACCACAGCAUGGAGGUCUUCACUUAUUAUGAUCUACUCAGCUUAAAUGGUUCAAAAGUAGCAGAAGGACACAAAGCCAGCUUCUGUCUCGAGGACUCGGAGUGCGAUGAAGGAAUUGAAAAGAAAUACGAAUGCGAAAACUUUGGUGAGCAAGGCAUCACAUUGGGGUGCUGGGACACUUAUAGACAUGACAUCGACUGCCAGUGGGUGGACAUCACCGACGUCAAGCCUGGGGAUUAUAUGUUCCAGAUCGUAAUUAAUCCCAACUACGAGGUGUCCGAGUCUGAUUACUCCAACAACAUUGUGAAAUGCAGGACUCGUUACGACGGUCACCGCAUAUGGAUGUACAACUGCCAUAUAGGUGGAUCAGUGAGCGGUGAAACAGAGGAACUGUUUCCAGGCCUUUUGAACAACCAGGUCACCCACAGGUAAAAGGUGGACAGGUGUAAAUGAGACAACGGAGACGCUGAGAGCUCGAACCACUACGUUUCCUUCCUUGAAUGCAUCGCCACUCUGUUGGGAUGAGAAAAAAAAAUCACCCUAUAUGAUAAAAUCCAUUAAAAACUGCUGGGAAUGUAACGAUAAUUAUGAUAUCAUGAUAACGACUAACCUUCAAUCACAAUAUUGUCACCAUAUUCUCUGUCUGACUUUGACCACUAUCCUUAUGCUCGGGACAGAUUUUUUUCUCGAUAUUGUGGUACAGUUUGAUCGACUGAUUAUCGGUACAUGCCCAGCAAAGCAAACUCACUACUGGCUCGGGACAUCCAGAACAGAAACAGUGGAUUAACAGAAACACAACACCAAUUCCAUAAUGAAUCUCAAGUUGUUUCAAGGUGACUUGAGGUAACGACAACCCAAACGUAAUGAAUUCCCAUCGGCCACUGGUGUUGGUGAUUCGGCUGAUUUUCAAGGGAAUUCUGAUGCACUUUUUCUUUUAGCCUUAAUGGACUCGUGCAUAAACGUGAAAGGACUCCUGACGAUCAAAAGGGGCUGUAUGGGAAUUGUAUCUGCAAAACGUUUACUGCCUUAAUAUUCUUUCAUCAUUCAACAUCAUGCAAUAUUUGAUGAUCUUAUGUCGUACAGCUGCAGUUCUCUGGAGAAAUAAAACAGAAACCUUUACUAGCAUUGGUGACAACCAUCACUUUUCAUUUCAUUUCUGAAGUGCUCUGUGUUAAGAACCUUUGCUGAAUGUGGGUACUUGGAAAAACUCAGGAGUUUUACUUACCUAAACAUCAGGGCAGAAAAUAAUUACAAUUAGUAAAGUGGAACAAAUAAUAAAUGCUCUAAUAAGACUCAAUACACAAUCUUGAUAUUUAAUGUUUGUACAUCUUCUAAAUUCAAAGAAAUGUUGAGUAUGUUAUGAUGUGAGCAGCAGAUUAGCAUCUUGACUUGAUGCUAGUUGUGUGUGGUGAGCUAGCUUAACAUUAGGUAGCUAGGAGAUAAAUACCCCCGUGUAUAUUAGUGCAUUUAACAACUUGUAUAUUAAUAGUAUACGGGUUAGUAAUCUAAAAUAUGGAGGUAGGUAAAUGUUAGCAACUGCUACUGAGGAUACAACCUGGCUAUAUAGCUUGCUAAGUAACAACAACAACAGUUAGCUAGCUAGCUAGCUAUGAACUUACCUGUUAAAUACAGUGAUUAUAUAAACCCCUAGUGAAUAACAUUAAAAGCUCAAAAACAAAUAUUUUCAAGUACUAUCUGAAAGAAGGUAAGUAAAACUCUCUUGAGGCUUUUCAAUGAACACACAUUUAAAAAAAACAAAAAAAAACAAAGCAAAACAUCAACAACAACAAUGUCUUGGAAUAUAGUUUAGCAUUUUGCCCUUUUGAUUUUCUUUUCUUUUACUACUAACCAGUAUUUGACAUUAACCACAAAUGGCUCAGUAAUUCUAGGCUGUCAAAAUGCCUUGAAAGAUUGAAUAGAACCCUUUUUAUUAUUUUUUUUUAUUAUUAUAAUUUUUUUCCAAUUCCAUUUAAGGUCUCAUGCUGGUUUUAUUUAAUGUCAUAGCAUUACCCGUUUACUCCAAUCUUAGCUUCAGUUAGUAACUUAUUUAAAGUCAGGGAUUAGCUAACAAAUGUAUCUCGUUCACAUUCAUUUUAUUUGGUGCAGAAUGUCUUUAUAUUUUAUUUGUAUUUUUAUUUUUGUUUUGUUUCCUGAUCUAGUGGUGCUACCAAAGCUGUACCUUCUGUUUUUAGAGGGUACGUGUUGUCGUGACUGAUUUACAUUAUGCUUACUUGAAUGGAGCGUUUUAAAGAAUAAAAAUCCCAUACUGUG